AUGGCGGCAAAGUUAAUUUUGACGGCUUUCAUAGCUGCACUCAGAGUCAAUGGUAGCCCGUGUAAACCAAACUCUUCUGCACCUACCUCUCCAGACUUUACUUCCGAUGCUGUUUUUACGACAAUCACCGCCGACGACGUAAGCACUGGACCCGGUUUUCCGACUCAAAGUUCCAUUUACGGUUUCACUUCCACUGCCUUAGCUUCUUCUCGAGCAAUAGAUGAGGCAAUAACCGAUUCUACCACUAUCCUAACCCUAGAGGCAUCUUCCUCUGACACGUCCUCACCAGAGACUUUAGCAUCCGAGACAACUUGGGAUAGAUCAUCGGCCUCCGCAAUUCCAACCUCUCUUAUGACUACUGACUCAACUGUCGAUGAAUCUACUACCGUAGACAGCGCAGUUGUAACAUCAUGGUCGUCCGGCCCAACAACAUCCUCCUCCAUCACAAGCACAACCACCACAGCAGAAGCACAGACUCCCAUUGGCUUCCACAAUGGUGGGUUUGAAGAUGAUCCGUCUCCCGAUGCACUCCCUUGGGUCAUAGGUAGAAGCGUCACGAUUCCAAACGACCCAGAGAAUGCUCAUUCAGGCAACCGCUACGCUCUUGUCAAAUUUCCCAUCACGGGUACCGGUCGUCCCAUCUAUCCUUUGCAGCAAAGCAUUACCGGCCUCGACGCCACGAAAACGUACCUGCUGACUAUUCAUUGGGCCUUUACAGACUUUGGUUCAUUGUCAAAUACAGCAUGUGAGUUCUGGACUUAUUUUGGCCCACUCAUUGAAUACUAUAAAUUCAACGCUGCUGGCAUGCCAACCAACGAAUACUCCAGACGGCAAUACCUGGCGGCAGUGUCGACGGUAUCGGACAACGCCAAUAUGAUAUUAUAUUGGCGCUGUUCAAACUCAGUUCCGAGUUCUCCAUGGGCUGGUGUCGAGAUACGUAUCGACGAUGUUAGUCUUGUCGAGUAUGAUCCUCCGUGCACUCUUGUAGAGCCGCCUCCUCAAGGUCUCGUUUGUGGCCAAACUGGAACAUUUCCAACUUCCGCAAAUUCCUACCUUAUUGGCUCUGAAAUCCCCUUAGGCCCUUUCGAGAAUUGUGCCCAGAUGUGUGCUGAAAACCCUGAAUGCAAGACUAUCACUGGGGCUUUGGGCAAUGGGAAUGUGAUUGGGCGUAAUGCACGCUGCAAGCUCUACUCGAAAACACCUGAGGAGCUUGGCUUCUAUGCUUCAACGAGUGGCCCGGGCGUUUUCCAGCCAGGUUGCUUUAAGUGUCGUCCUUCAGAGUAG